AUGGUGAAUGGACAAUGGAAUAGUGAUGUGUGGGUGGAGCUUUUGAAGAUGUUGUAUUGGUGGAGAUUUUCCUUGGGUGGCGUCUUGAGGGAUAGACGAUAUAUGGUGAAGGGACAAUGGUGGUGGGUUGGUGCACCAAGGGAUGGCUGGGAAGCAAACAGUUAUGGGUAUCAUGGGGAUGAUGGACUGCUUUAUCGUGGACAAGGAAAGGGAGAGGCAUUUGGCCCAACUUAUACAGCUGAUGAUACAGUUGGUGGUGGAAUCAACUAUGCUUCACAGGAACUUUUUUUCACAAAAAAUGGGGCAGUUGUAGGAACAGUAUACAAGGAUGUGAAGGGUCCCUUAUUCCCAACUAUUGCUGUUCACAGCCAAAAUGAGGAGUAUGUUGCACCGCCUUCUUUUGUUACCCCUUCAUAUAUGUAUAUUUUUGAAUUUCUGUCAUUUAUCAUUCAAGCAAAUCUAGAAGUUGUUGGUUCUAGACUUGGGGCACGAAGGUGA